AUGGCCGCCCAGCUGAAGGAGAUCGUGGAGCGCCUCAAUGCCGAUCCCUUCGGGAUGCAGCUGUCCCUGCUGGCUUUCGACGAGAUGGAGCCCGUCGAGCUGUUGGAUGUGCUGAAGAAGGUAUGCGUCUACCUCGACAAGAAGCACGACUACGAGUGGCGCGACACGCUGGACCAGACGUACCAGAAGCUCGCCGAGUUUCUGCAUACGUUGGGCUACCAGUGCCCUUUCGACACCGAUUUUCAGUCGGGGCUCAUGAGCGGCGAGAAGGGCACCGUGCACCCGAUACUGUAUUGGCUGCUCAGCAACCUCGAGGCCCUCAGGAAGCGGUCCUACCUCGCCCGCUUCUGUGUGAACCUGGAGGUCCCCGAGGAGUUCCUGCGCGAGGAGCAGGUCUUCGAGGUCUACCAGUCCUACAAGGAGCUGCAGUCGCAGUUCAAGGCCAUGCACUCGCACGUGGAGCAGGAGCGCCAGGGCCGGCUGAACCCGCAGGACCUCCAGGCCGAGGUCCAGCAGCUCGACUCGGAGCGCGAGCAGCUGCAGCAGAAGAUCCAGCUCCUGCGCCAGAAGACCGAGAGGGACGAGGGCUUCAAGCAGCUGCUGCAGGUGACGUCCAUGCUGCGGAAGGAGCAGGAGGAGGAGGCCCGCCUGGCGGAGAAGCUGCAGGAGCAGCGCUUCGCUCUGGAGUCGACGGAGCAGAUGUUCGUGGAGCGGUCGGCGCGGCUGCGCGAGAUGCGCGAGGCGCAGCAGCAGGACGGCGAGGGCAAUGCGGAUGCGAUGCUGAAGAUGCUCCGGAGCGAGGUGAAGAAGGGCCGGGACCAGCUCGGCCGCGUGCGCAAGGAGAUCGAGGAGAAACACGAGCAGCUCGGCAAGAUCGACGCGGCCCUCAGCGAGCCGCCCGUGUCGAAGGCCGACAUCGACGGGAUGGAGCAUGACAUCCAGUCCAUGCGAGACGACAAGGAGGCCCUGGAGCGCAAGAUCGAGGAGCACAACCAGGACUCGCGACUUUCCGUGUACAAGCAGCAGGCGAAUCUAGUCGCCAAGAAGAAGGAAGUCGUCAUGAGGGACAAAAAGGCCUUGGAGGAGGAUCGCGACGGCCUCAGCAAGGAAUUGUCUGCGAAAGAGCGCGAGUACGAACAGAUGAAAGGCCACAAGUUCAUGAAGAAGGACGAGUUCAAGAACUACGCCACUUCUCUCCGGGACAAGUCGGCCAAGUUCAAGAAGUUGAAGACCGAGCUCAGCGAGUUGCGGCACGAGGUCGCGGUGCUCGUCCGCACGGAGCAGCUACUGCAGGCCCGGGACCCGACGCCCGCGGGCCAAAAAGAUGCGGAGACAAUGCUGGAGAAGGUCUCGGUAGUCAAGUCGGAGGUAGAUAAAGCAAAAGGCAAGACUCUGGAUCAGAUCACCGAAAUUGUACAGCAGAUCAAAAGCAAGAUCAUGGAGAAGAAGAACAAGCUCGCUCCGCAGAUUAAAGCGCUGCGGGCGGUGCGCCAGAACUUCCAGCAGGUCGAGGUGAAGUACCUCGAGAAGAAGGGGGCCUACGACCACGCGCACUCAAACGUGGAGGCAGAGCUUUCCAAGCUGGCGGGGGAGGUGAAGCAGCUCGAGGCGGAGGCCCAGGAUGGCGAGCGCACGUACCACGAGCUGAACAUGCAGAUGGAAGUUGCCGAAAUGAAGCUGCAGCGGGCAAAGCGCGAGGGGAAGUGCCAGCGGAAGGAGGGCGGCGCGAGAUACUCGGAUCAGUUUGCGACCCUGUCGGAGUGUUACCAGGCUGAGAUCAGCACGCUCGACAAGCAGUGCAAGGAGUUGCGCAAGGAAAAGGACAUGGUCAUGGACAACUUCGAUGAAAAGCUGAAGCAGAAGAAAGCUUUCGUACAGUUGGAGAGAUUGUUGGCAGUGAAGCUCCAGGUGGCCAAGCAGGAGCUAGUCAACCAGCGCUACGGCAUGCCUGGCACGGCCCUCGAGGAACGCAACAACGGCGUGGAGCGACUCGUCAUCGACGGACCGUAUUGA